CCUUGCACUCUAUUUGCCUAUAAAUACCCUUUGUUUGUCCUUGAUCAUCUUCACAGAGUUAUAUAGUUAUCUCAUCAAAAUUAGCUUUUUGUUCAUUUAUAAUGGCUGGAGUUGUAGUGAUUUUUGACUUUGACUCAACAAUCAUUGAAUGUGAUAGUGAUAAUUGGGUUCUUGAUGAGUUUGGUUUAACUGAGAAAUUCUAUCAGCUUCUUCCUAGCAUGCUUUGGAAUCCUCUCAUGGACAAAAUAAUGAAUGAACUUCAUGCACAAGGAAAAACAAUGGAAGAAAUUGUAGAAGUUCUUAAUAGGACUCCAAUUCAUCCUCGCAUUAUCCCUGCCAUUGAGGCUGCUUAUUCUCUUGGGUGUGAGCUAAGGAUUGUGAGUGAUGCAAAUAUUUUCUUUAUUGAAACAAUUUUGAAGCAUCAUGGGGUGCUGAAUUGUUUCUCAAAGAUCACUGCAAACCCAAGUUAUGUUAAUGGAGAAGGGAGGCUCAUAAUUUGUCCCUACCAUGAUUAUCUAAAAUCUUCUCAUGGAUGUAACCUUUGUCCACCAAAUAUGUGCAAGGGAAAGGUGAUGGAAAUGUUUCAAAAUUCACUUGAUGAUGAAGGAAAGAAGAAAAUCAUCUACUUAGGAGAUGGAAGUGGAGACUUUUGCCCUAGUCUAAAGCUCAAAGAGAGUGAUUAUUUGAUGCCUAGAAUGAACUUUGCAUUGAGUGAUUUAGUAUCUAAAAAUUCAAAUGACAUUAAGGCACAUGUACAUGGUUGGAGAGAUGGAGAGGAGCUUGAGAAUGUUCUGCUUCAUAUUAUCAACAAAGCUAAUAUUGGUAAAGGGAACAUUGUUGGUCCAAAAAUUAUCUCAGUUGAUUGCAAGAUGGGGAAUAUCUCAAUUGAUGCUCAUAAACAUUUCCCUGAAGCUCUAUCAGUUCCUAAUUAAUUAGUAACUGAAAAUUGCUUAUGAUGAAGAAUGAUAUAUUUAAAUCAAAGCCAUGUAUUUCUUGAGGCUUGUCAACUUCAGAAAAUUAAUGUACGAAUAAAGUAUAUUGCGUUGAAUAACUUUCUUCGUUACAAUUGUCAUAUAUAUUUGUAUGUGUGUGAUGUGUUUAAAUUUUGAAAGUUUAUCGAGCAUAUUAUUAGAGUUUUGUUUAA